GCAAGCCAACCUGAACCUGAACCUGAACCUGCUGCUGUGCUGUGCUGAUCGGACCGGACUCUGAACUGCAGCGGGUGAUCGGAUCGACCCGAACGGGAAAUGGCGACACCCAGUCCCAGAGAGCACAUAGAGGAGAUCAGAAGGAAGACGUUCAAGAUCGGGGGGGACGAACCCGACCUCGCCAAUCUGUAUCUUGGUCUGUGUCUGCAUCAAGCCAUCAACUAUCUCGCCGCUGAGCUCUACACCAAGGACGUCCACUUCCUCAUGGAGCUCAUCCAGAAUGCGGAGGACAACGAGUACUUGGAGGGGGUAAAACCGUCACUUGAAUUCGUGAUAACUUCGCAGGACAUUACGGCGACCGGAGCUCCGGCGACCUUGCUGGUCUUCAACAACGAGAAGGGGUUUUCCGCUGAAAACGUAGAGUCCAUUUGCAGCAUUGGAUGCUCCACUAAGAAAGGCCAGCGAAAACGAGGCUACAUUGGCGAGAAAGGAAUUGGGUUCAAGAGUGUAUUCCUCAUCACAACACAGCCUUACAUAUUCAGCAAUGGUUAUCAGAUACGGUUUAAUAAAGAGCCUUGCCCACAUUGCAAAAUUGGAUACAUUGUCCCAGAAUGGGUUGAUGACAACCCAACACUUUCCACCAUAAAACAAAUAUAUGGCUCUGACUCUGACCUUCCAACCACAACAAUUGUCUUGCCUCUGAAGCCUGACAAGGUUAGCCCUGUAAAGCAGCAACUCUCGAAAAUCCAUCCUGAAGUUCUGUUGUUCCUUUCAAAAAUAAAGAGGCUUUCAGUCAAGGAAUGCAAGGAGGAUCCUAGCCACAAUACAGUGAGCGCAAUAUCCAUUUCAAGUGAGACUGAUUUUACUGCAAAGAAGAAUAUUGAUGCUGAGACAUAUGUGCUACAUCUUUCAGCUGAUAAAAAUGAUGACAAUUUGGAGAAAGAAUGCAACUAUUACAUGUGGAGGCAGAAGUUUCCAGUCAGGCGGGAAUAUAGAGUAGAAAGACGGAUGGAAGUGGAAGAGUAUGUGAUCACAUUGGCGUUUCCAAAUGGACAGCGUCUCAACAGUGGGACUAAAUCUCCUGGGGUGUAUGCCUUUCUCCCAACUGAGAUGGUUACAAAUUUUCCUUUCAUAAUUCAAGCAGAUUUUCUACUAGCAUCUUCGAGGGAAACAAUCCUUUUGGAUAAUAAAUGGAACCAAGGUAUUCUCGAAUAUGUGCCCAGUGCUUUCAUCAAUGCAUUCAUUUCCAUGGUGAAAACCAUGAAAGGAUCCCCUGCAUCUACUCUGGCUCAUGUGUUCGAGUUCUUACCCAUCAACAUCCCUCCUUACCCUGCGCUGAAUGCUGUGAGGGAAAGUAUUAAAGCCAAACUGGUUAAUGAAGACAUAGUUCCCUGUGAGUCAUACAUGGAGCAGAAGUUAUUUCGGAAGCCUAUUGAAGUGGGUGUGGUAAUGCCUGCUUUCUGGAAUAUACUGAACAAGGCAAGGAAGGAUGGGGUGAGCUUGGACAAUAUCUCAUCCCAUGGGAGAUAUUUGCUAAGUUCUUCAUUUGACAGAGAGAAGUAUGAUCAAGUGUUGAACUUCUUGGGAGUGAAACCCAUGGAGGAUGAAUGGUAUGUUAAGUGCAUCGGCAGUUCUAAUCUCAUACCAGGAGUCUCAGAGAAGGUGUAUUUAGAGCUACUAAUAUUUGUAGCCAAGAAUUGGAGGUCAAAUUUUCAGAAUACUAACAUCAAGGACACUCCGCUUCUGAAGUAUGUGAGUUAUAAUGGUGAUGUCUCUUUGUUUAGUAUAAAUGUCUCACAGAGGUUUGCGGGGAAGGUUCUUGCUUGUGAGCCUCAUCUUGUACCAUGGUUGAUCGAUUGGAACAGAGAACUUGGAUGUUCAGCAGGCCCAUUUUUUAUUCCUAAAUCUGCACAAGAAGCUAUACAACAGCAACAAUGGUCUAAGAAGCAGAUAUUGUUGGAGUGGCUUUCAAAUGAGGUGAAGGUUCAGACUGUAAGUGUGUACAACUAUGCUGCCCUUCUUGUUGAUUUGCUUAGGGGUGAUAGGAAGCGCGCUGUUACUUUUGUUCAUUUCUUAUAUCACUCGUUUUCAAUGAACUACUUGUCUGAGAGAGAUGUUGGGCGAUUGUGUUGCAAUAUGCCACUUGUGGAUAACUAUGGGCAGGUAACCAAACGAACGAAUCAAGUUCUUGUUCCUGCUAGUGGAAGCAAAUGGGUUCAUCUGAUGGGAUCUAAUCUGUGGAGAGCUAAAGGCUUUCUUGAGCUAGCAGAAGACUAUCGGCGACCUGUCAUACAUGCAGGUGUUUUCACCCCUGAGGAACGGCUUAUUCCUUUUCUCAGAAGUCACAUUGGGGCUUCUGAUGUCCCUGAUGUGUCUCCACCCAAAGCAGUAAUUCCGACAAUGUCUGCUCCUCUAACCAAAGAUGAUACGUUCUUGCUGUUGGGUUGGAUUCGGAACUUGAUGAAGAAAGGGGUUACCAUGCCAAAAAAGUUCUUGAAAUGCAUAAAGGAGGGAAGCUGGAUGAGGGUUUCUUUGGGUAGUUGUCCAGGCUACCGGCCUCCAUCUCAGUCAUUCCUACCAAACUCAUCGUGGGGCAAUCUUCUGCAGAAUGAAAAUGUUCUAGUUGAUAUCCCAAUAAUUGAUCAGAAUUUCUAUGGUUAUGAAAUAAGCAAAUAUAAAGUGGAGCUUGGAAAAAUAGGAGUGAUGUUUGAUUAUGGAGAGGCUUGCCAAUUUAUCGGUAAGCAUCUCAUGUCUUCGGCUGCCUCCUCCUCUCUAACAAGAGGGAAUGUUUUUUCGAUAUUGAAGUUCAUGAAGUUUCUGAGGGAGAGAUUGCUGCCUGCUCAGAACUUCAUCCAAAGUAUCCGAGAAGGGAAAUGGAUACGAACUUCACUUGGCGACAGAUCCCCUCUUGGAUCUGUUUUGUUUGAUCAGGAAUGGGAAACUGCAUCACAGAUGAGUGCCAUCCCAUUUAUUGAUAAAGAUUACUAUGGGGAGGAAAUCCUUCAGUUUAAAACCGAACUUCAGUUGCUGGGCGUCGUAGUUGGAUGGAGUGAGAAUUACCAGCUUGUUGCUGAAUGUCUGAAACCUGCAACAGGCAUCAAUGUUCGAACGGCUGAGUCUGGUCUUUUCAUUUUGAACUGCAUGCGCCAUCUAGGAUCACCUGAUAAAUUAAUUAAAGUCUUUAAAGGUAAUAAAUUUUUGAAGACAAACAUGGGCUACAUGGCUCCAGUUGGGUCUCAUCUUAUCAGUCCCGAAUGGGGCUGUCUCCUUCAGAUUUUCAACAGCUUUGCUCUAAUCGAUGAAAAUUUUUAUGGGAGCAGCAUCUUCUCAUAUAAAAAUGAGUUAAUGAAACUGGGGGUGGUAGUGGAUUUUGAGCAGGCAAAAAAGGUGUUUGCUCGUGAGUUCAGGCAGCAAGGAGAGCUCUCCACUAUUGGAAAGGAACGUGCUUUCUCUUUGCUGGCCUGUUACAGAAAGUUCACGGGUACAUCUUUUGAAUUCUGUGAUGAUUUGAUGAGAUGUAUCCUUGAGGUUAAAUGGUUGCGAACUCGCCUCGGUGAUUUUAGAGUCCCGGGAGAGUGCAUUUUGUUUGGGCCUGAUUGGGAAUCUAUAUCUUGCAUAUCUCUGCUUCCUUUCAUUGAUGACGCUGACAAUUGGUAUGGCAAGGGCAUCUAUGAAUAUGAGGAGGAGUUGGAAAGUAUGGGAGUUAAAGUUGCCUUCAAGGAUGGAUGCGGGUUUGUGGCUACCGGCCUUAAGUUACCAUUUGAUCCCAGCUGCAUAACUCCUUCAAAUGCUUACUCAUUACUUGAAUGUAUUCGCAUUUUACGGACACAGAACAAUGGCCCUUUACCUGAUUCUUUUCUGACGAAAGUAUCUCAAAAAUGGUUGAAAACCUCUUUUGAUUAUAGGCCACCUGGUAAGUGUUUGCUUUAUAAUUCUGUUUGGAAGUCAUUGCAACGGGAGGAUGGACCUUUCAUUGAUGAAGAAUUUUAUGGCUCCAACAUUACAUCCUAUGCCAAAGAGCUCAACGCAAUUGGAGUGACUAUUGAUGUAGUAAAUGGGGGACCAUUGCUUGCCAAUCACCUGCAUUUCUGUUCCAAGUUCAGUACCAUUGUUCGAAUAUAUAGUUACUUGCAAGACUGCAACUGGAACCCAGAAACUGGAUAUGAAAGGAAAAUUUGGAUCCCAAGGGGAAGUGAUGAUGGUGAAUGGGCAGCACCCCAAGAAUGCGUCCUGGAGGACAAGGAUGGGCUGUUUGAUAAGCAAUUGAAUGUGUUGGAGAAGCAUUAUGGAAAGGAGUUACUUCCUUUUUUCUCAAGUGCUUUUGGAGUUGGAUCCUAUCCUUCAUUUGUAAACUUAGAAGAUGAAGAGUUUGAUGAAGGAACCCGCUUCCAUACUAUUAAUGACGCUACAGUUGAGAGGAUGCAGUAUAAGUGGAACGGUCAGGCUUCAGUGGUAGCAGACCUCUCAGCACUUCGUGUCGAGAUGCAGGAUCACGUGCGGAGUAUUCGUGGCAUGAUGCAUGACCUAUUCCGGGUCAUCGAUGGCCGUCUGCCUCAGAGACCUGAUCAGCCAGACGACACUCCCGCUUGGGUCUCACCAUCAUCACCUACAGAUGCCUAGGUUUUAUUUUGUGAUUCAGUACUCUUUUUUGUGCCUCAUGCGUAUAUAUUCUACAUGAUGCUCAUGUAUUUAGAUUUAUGUUAGUCGAUUAUGUUUGGAUAUCACAUGUUUUGUAUUGUGUAUAUAUACGUAUUAUUCUCUUC